GUUGCAUAGUAUCGGAUCGGAUCGAAAUUUACAAUGCAGUAUGCAAACUUGAAACUCAACCUCACGGACACAGAUACGUGAAAAACCAGUCCCUAUUUAUAGUCUGCAAAUUGUUAGUAACCACAGAGUGUGCAUGCAAGCAGGCAAUAAACGGCCAUAUGUAGGUCAAAGCUAUUCACCUGCAGCACACUCAACACAGCAAUUUCCGAGAAAUCGACUUCGUGGAACACAGCGUCAAUGUUUAACGAUCGUUGAAAGAUGGCGGUGCUGGCAACAACAGCCGACAUCAAGUACAAGAUUUGUGACAGUUCAUCUGAGCAAACAGACAACUCAGAAACUAGCUAUUGUAAAGUUGACCAUCUCUCACAGGACGUUAAAUCCAGCGGAUUUGAAAGAGUUCCUCGUUGUUGUAAACGCAGCACUGCUGCUGUCGUCCUCGUCGUAUCUCUGGGGAUCAAUGUUCUGGCUGUCGUUUGGUUGUUAACCACUGUGACUUUUAAGCAUAAAGCAGACGACAGUCCGCGCGCUGAGGCCCGUGUUUUUGAUGUGCACGAAAACACGGUUUGCACGGACUGCAGUUUGCUGGGGGUGCAUCCCGACAGAAACCAACCGGACUUACACGAGCUGCACGUGCAUCACGUGACUGGUUCGUCCUUUUUAUGUUGUUUGCGAAAUGCAGAAGGUUUGUGGAGGCUUGCGUCGAUGUUUGCGACCAGAUUCCACACAGAAGCAGUCAGUGAUGCAUUAACCAGUAGCCCACGAACCAAGCAAAUAAUUACUGGAGCUCACCUGAAUGUCAACAGCGAAGAUUUAAAUCUUCAUCCUCCGUCUCUGUCAUGGACUAAAAAUUAUGGACAGUACGGCGCCUACAGCAGUGGCAACAUUGGCACUGAUGGCCGCAAGCUCCACAUAACCAGGCCCGGCCUCUACCACGUCUAUUCCUUCUUCACGUUCAAGACAAAACAGCGACGUCUCCGACCUGAAAUCAUUGUUCACACAGUCAACAGGGUCAACUCGCACUUGCCAAAUCUAGGCCCUUCUGUACUUCUAAUGGCGAAGAAGACAAUGCCGGAAGUCAGUGAGAAGUUCGUCACAAGCUUCCUGUCUGCUUCCAUCCGACUGAGGGACAACGAUGACCUGUUUGUUCAUGUGAGCAACAUGUCGUACAUCUACAAUUACCCACCUUCAAACUUCUUUGGUUUGUACUAUCUUGGAACAUAAAUUGUGUCACCAUAAAAUGGUGUAACUGGCUUCACACAAAAGCAAAUUGCACUGCCAGAGAGUAAUCUGCCUCGGUGACCUGUCGAACUAGAUUCCACUGAGUAAAUGGCAAAACAGAUGGAAAUUAUAGGAGUAGGUCAUUGGCAAUAUGUCAUAGCUAACUUAAGUUAAGAAUCUUUGACAGAUGAAGCCAAGGACAAAACCAAUGGCGGGAGUUUCCGGAAGACUCUUGCUGUUGAUUGGUACAUCAGUCUAUACGCAUCAACAACCGGACAAAUUCUGUUUGUCUGCGAUUAUAUAAACAUAAUGAUUAUACGCAUUGAGUGUCAAUGGCACCGACACAUAUAUUUACAAUUGUCAGAAGGAAGAAAUAUUGACUGUCAAUGUCUGUAUACAUGUGACCUUGCCUCUAUGGCAUGUCCUUUCACGUUGUUUACCAUUUGUUUGAUUACUUGAAAUUUCUUUGAGUGGCAUUUAGAAGUUGGUGUGAUCAACAAGGGAAAUACAAGUUCUUUAUUAAAAUACAUGCGACGCUUCAGUGUACAUACCAUCACGCAGCUUGCUUGAUCGCUUGUUUGCUUAUGGUCGAAAGAAUUGUAAUAAAGAAGUUGUGGAUCCGGAGGAAGACAACUUCAAAUAAAAACAUCCCCAAAUUA